AGCGAGCCCCUCAUUCUGUGUGUGAGCCAUAUUUGCAUUGUUUGCCAGUUCCAGCGGCGGUGGUAACAGCAGCAGCGGCUUGCAGUCGCUCAGUUCGUGCCAUUACUACAGUCUCCGCUUUUAAACUCUUCUCUCUCUUCCCCCCCCACUUUUAAACGCGUCUUCGCCACCGGCAUCAUGUCAGAAAGCACAGUAGAAAAGAGUGUCGAACGAUCCCCGAAGGAUCUGAAGAAAACUCAAGAAGUGGAGCCUGAGAAUGGCAAAGGUGACGCACCAGCUAACGGAAAUGCCGAGAAUGAAGAAAAUGGAGAACAAGAGAUUGAAGAGAAUGCAGAUGAGGUAGAAGAUGAAGAAAGUGAAGAUGUUGGGGAAGAUGAUGAAGAGGAAGAGGAUGAAGAAGACGAAGAGGGUGAUGAAGAUGAAUGUGAGGGUGCUGCAGAAAAGCGAGUGGCUGAAGAUGAAGAGGAUGAUGUUGCAAAGAAGAAGCAGAAAACAGAUGAUGAAUAAAACUACUUUCUUCCGCGUUUCCCUUUUUUCUGUUGGAAAAACUUGGUCAUCAUCACUAAGUAGAGUGUACACCAGUGCAAGUCAACAGCAGAAUUUUUAAAAUAAAAUUACUAAGACUUCAUUGCCCUACUUCUUUCUUAAAAUCCUAAAGGAGAAUUUGUUUGUAUUUUUAUUUACAUUUUAUAUUUUUGUACAUAUGGUUAGAGGUCAGCCAAUUUAAACAUUGAUCUCUGGUGACCAAACAGGGCUUUGAAGUUCUUCUGUAAAACAGACUUUACUGGUGGUUUGACCAUGUCUUGGCCACAUUAUCAUAACGGUAACCUGUAAAAAUAAAUAAAAACACAAAAUUAAUUUGAUCAUUCCAAUAACUGUGUAUGUACUUUAGCUGUACGAUAAGUAGUUGGUUUGUAUGAGGUGGAAAGGCCAAAGAUCAAGGUUUUUUUGUCUGAAAUACUGUCCAUUGUGGCCUGUUGUAUGUGUGAAACAGUUUGUUGUCCAAUAAACCGGAAUUUUAUUUUGCUGA